GUUUCAUAAUUUUCAUCAUAUUAUGUGUGUAGUUGGAUGUUGUCAAGCUUAACAUGUCCACUCUGUCAUAGUGAAAUAUCAAUUGAUAGAAAAACCUAUCAGAACUUUGAAAUAUAUUUGUAAAACAGUACAUAGUCAGCUUGCUGACUGUAGCAUGUUGCUAAGUGAAGAUCCACCAUGUGCUCAUUAAAUGCUAACAUUAGCCAAAAAUGUCCACCCUGUCAUUGUCCACCCUGUCAGCAAGCCUUCCAUGACAGGGUGGACAUGGUUCAUGACAGGAAGGACAUGUGCAUAGUUUAGGCCACAUGCUGAUAAUGUUACACAUAUUACAACAGCUAUUACACACAUUUUAUAACAGUACAUGCUAUACAUAGUAAAUUUGGACAAUUGGACAAUUUGGACAAUUUUUUUGGCGAUAUCGGUAUCAGCAAGCCUAGUUUGAUAAGGCAAGCCUAGUUUACAGGGACUGCCAAUUAAAAUGUGUAAGGGAACAUUUUGAAUCGUCUUUUUCAAGGAAUGAGAUCAAAAGGAGCUGAGAUAGCAAGGAGAUAUCGGGAACGUCGUGAUGCUGACCCAGACAGAAGAAGAAAGUACCUUGAGAAAGAAAGGGUCAAAUGGAAAAAAGACAGAGAGACUGGAAAGAAGAAGGGUGUCAAUGAGCUCAGUGAGAGAGAGAAGAGGGCAAAAAGAAAGAAAUGGAAAGAGGCAAAAAGUCAAGCCAGAGCCAGAAACAGGGCUAGUGCUUUGCUACAGUCAGAGACACCACCCAACUCCCCUGCUGAAACUCCUGAAAAUCAGCGUGAGCCAGGGCCCUCCAGGCAACGGCAUCAAGGGGAAAGCAUUCGAAGGAGUGCGAAGAGAAAACUGAAAAAACAGAUUGAAAUAUUAGAGGCACAGCUCAAAAAAGAGAAAAGUAAAACUGAGAAAUAUAAGAAGAGGUACCAUCGGGCCAAGAAAGAAAGUCCGUCCAAAUCACCACGUACAAAAGUCAAUGCUUUGUUGGCACGUCAAAAAGUGAAUUCACCCAUCAAAAGAGCUCUUCUUUUCCAUACAUCCCUGAUUGAAAAUAUUAGAAGAAAAUAUGAACAUGCAAAAACAAACAGAGAGAAGCAGCUGAUAGCAAAAGUGGUCAGUGGAAACAUUCUAAAGAAGUAUAAGCUCCAAAAGCAUGCCCAGACUGCUUUUGGCUACUCUAAGAAGAUAGCAAAGUAUCCUGUGGAUCUGACCUACCGUGGGAGGAGGUGCGUCAGUCGAAAUGACAUUAGGAAGAAGGUUACAUCAUUUUUUCUUCGAGAUGAUGUUAGUCGAAUGACAACUGGCCGCAAACAAACAGUCACACGGCUGAAGAAUAAAAUGCAAAAGAGGUUGCUUACUGACACAAUGAAGAACUUGCAUAGGAGGUUUCUCUCUGAGCACAUUGGCCACAUGUCAUACACCUCCUUUUGCCGUCUCAGACCCUUUUGGGUGGUAACCCCCUCUACCUCUGACCGUGACACAUGUCUCUGCAAAAAGCAUGAGAACUUGCAAUUCAUUGCCAAUGCCUUGCAGAGCCAAGGGUUACUGUCCUCAAGAAACAUUGAGGAAAUGUCUGAAGCAACCAUGUGUGACCCGAAAGCCAAGGUCUGUGCUUAUGGUGAGUGCAGUGAAUGCCUCCUAACUUGUCACCCGAUGCUGAAAACCCCUGGGGAAGAGAACAUUAGUUUAUUUCAGUGGAUGACAGAGAAGAUCAAGAAGGAUGAGAAGGUGUCAACAAUAACAGUGAAAAGGGAGAUAACAAAAACAGAGCAUGAGCUUAACACAGAUUUCCAGGAGAGGCUUGUUCAUUUUAGGAGCCAUGUCUUCAACAUUAAAUGGCAAUUUGAUGCCUACAGGGAGCUCAGGAGGAGUCUGAAGCCCAAUGAGUCCCUCUUGCAUAUAGAUUUUAGCGAAAAUUACUCAUGUAAGUACAGCGAAGAAAUACAAUCUGUGCAUUUUGGAGGCUCACACAAGCAGGCCAGUCUGCACACUGGAGUGCUCUACACCACUGGUGAACAAGCGCCACACACCUUCUGCUCCAUAUCACCCUCCAGAAGACAUGACCCUGUGGCCAUCUGGGCCCACCUUGAUCCAGUUCUGAAGGUAGUGAGAGAACGACACCCUCAAGUCAGCACACUUCAUUUUUUCAGCGAUGGGCCUGCAACACAGUAUCGACAAAAGGGAAAUUUCUUCUACCUCUCAACAGAACCCUACAAGUAUGGCUUCAAAGAAAUAACAUGGAAUUUCUUUGAGGCUAAUCAUGGGAAGGGGGCACCAGACGGUGUAGGUGGGGCCCUCAAGAGGUCAGCAGACCGGAUUGUAGCCCAUGGAGGAGACAUUCCUGAUGCCCAGAGCUUGUAUAACAAGCUGAAAAGCCUGGACACAUCUGUCGAGCUGUUCUUCAUCCCAGAGAGGGAUAUUGAAUCAAAGCCUGAGAUACCUGCAAUAGCUGCCGUAAAAGGCACUAUGAGAAUCCACCAAGCUAUCAGUCUGACACCCGGCCAAAUGAAAUACAGAGACAUUUCAUGUCUAUGUAAAAGGGAGAAAGGUGUUUUGGACUGCCCCUGCUUUAAUCUUCAAGAGGUCACUCUAGCUAAUGUUCCUGUUUCAUCUGACAAGUCCCCAGCAUGUGGAAAGACACCAGAUAAUCCUAGGAGACCAGAAAUGAUUGAGGUAAAGCACAUUGGAGAGUGGUGCGUUGUUAAUUAUGACAAUAAAGCAUACCCAGGUAUCAUCAUGGAUGCAGAAGGGCAUAGUGUGAAAGUUAAGUGUAUGCAACGCCAUGGCAUAAACCAGUUCAAAUGGCCAGGUCUUCGGGACGACAUCUGUUGGUACCAUGACUGGCAGGUACUUUGCCUAAUACCAGAACCACAGGCUCUGAACAAGCGCUCUUUACAGAUUGAAGCGUCUGCGUGGAAGUAUGUGGAACAGCAACUGCAGAACUGAGCGAGCCAUGUCUCUUCAGAAAGGGAGAGACUGUUUGGAGAUGCGUCCAAGUGAUCUUUCUGAAAUAUUCUGUUUUUUCAAAUCAACUGUUCUCCACUUAAAAAAUGUUUUCUUCUUGUUCUACAGUUGAAUGUUUGACUUUCACUGUGCAGAGUUUAACGCUAGAAGGCCACAUUAAUGUCUCAUUUUGGGCAUCUUUUCAGUGGCUGCAUGCAGGUAGAGUGGAUCAAAACUAGUCUGUUCAACUGGUAAUUUCCCCCUACAUGGGAAAAGGCAUUUUUUACACAAUUUUCUUGCAUUGUUCCUUGCAUUUAUGGGGCCAUUCAAUGACAUUCCACAACAUGUCCACCCUGUCAUGCCCAGGGUCCACCCUGUCAUGUCUCUGUCCACCCUGUUAUUUUCAUGUUCUAUGAAAAUAAACAAAUUAUUUCCACAA